UAUAAAUCAUGUGACAUCAGCCAGGAAAGAAAAAGUAGUUUUUUAAUAAUUAGAGGAAAUAGAAUUCAAUAAUAUACCUGGCAUCAACAAUGGACGAAGAGGAAGAAGUUUUGGUACGUCGAGUUUCAAGGUCUAAAUGUACUUUAUCUUGUCGACAUUUGCUUGCUUUGCUGAGUUCUUUGGGAUUUUGUGUCGUCUAUGCUUUACGAGUCAAUCUCAGUGUAGCUUUGGUAGCAAUGGUAAACUCCACGUACGAAAAUUCAAAUUCAAACRCACARAAUCGUGAGUGCCCUGGAGGUAUGGACGAUGAGAGCUCGCAUACGGGUGGAACAUUCAACUGGGACCAAAAGACUCAAGGUAUCAUUCUUGGUUCUUUUUUCUAUGGUUAUAUUGUUACCCAAAUACCAGGAGGUUGGCUGGCAUCAAGAAUUGGUGGUAAACAUUUGUUUGGUUUGGGUGUCUUGUGUACAUCCGUCUUUACSCUAAUGACACCAUGGGCUGCCCAUCAAGGUGUUGGUACUUUAGUGGCUCUGAGGGUUUUAGAGGGACUGGGUGAGGGAGUUACCUUCCCAGCUAUGCAUGCUGUAUGGAGUAGCUGGGCACCACCACUUGAAAGAAGCAAACUUGCUACUUUUUCAUAUGCUGGUGCACAGAUUGGAACUAUAAUAUCUAACCCAGUAUCAGGUGCUUUGUGUGAUUCUAACUUCUUGGGUGGAUGGCCCUCUGUAUUCUAUAUAUUUGGUUCGUUGGGUAUUUUAUGGUUCAUAGUGUGGACUGUGUUAGUUUAUGAUAAACCUGCAGAUCAUCCAAGAAUAUCUAAAGAAGAAAAAGAUUAUAUCMUACAAACAAUAGGUAGCCAGCAAGAUGCAAGGAAAAAGGGACACUCAACACCUUGGUUUGCAAUAUGGACAUCACCAGUGGUCUGGGCAAUAAUUAUWGGACAUUUUUGUAACAAUUGGGGAUUCUACACAUUCUUAACUUCAUUACCUUUGUAUUUUAAAGAAGUUCUUAAUUUUAAAAUUUUACAGAAUGGAAUAUUGUCUGCUAUUCCCUAUGCAGCACAGUUCACGGUUAUCGUGGCAGGAGGUCAAAUAGCUGACUGGCUGAGAGACCACCGGAUAGUAACAACAACUGAAGUUAGAAAAAUUUUAACAAUAGGAGGUCUUAUAGCUCCAGCAUGUCUUCUCGUUGCUACCAGUUACACAGGAUGUAAUGACCGUGGUCUAUCCGUUGGACUGUUCUCCACAGCACUGGGUCUCACAGGACUUGGGUCCUCGGGGUAUAAUAUUAAUCAUUUGGAUAUAGCGCCGAGRUACGCCGGUGUCUUAAUGGGCAUUACUAACAUGUUCGCGACGAUACCAGGAAUUGUCUCUCCGUACGUCACAGGAUGGAUCACAAAUGAUAAUACAACAAGAGCUCAAUGGCAAAAAGUUUUCUACCUAUCGGCCAUUCUGUACGUAGUUGGYGGCAUAUCAUAUCUUAUUCUUGGAACGGGGAAAGAACAAUUAUGGAACACACCAGAGGAAGACCUKUACGUACAGGUUGAAUUUUCACGCGAAGAACGACGACCAACAGUAUUUAAUAGUGAUSGCGAUGAACGCACUGGAACACAUCCAGUUGUAGUCUGAUAAUUCUGUUGCUUACGUUUACUCAUUAUUAUUAAUUUUUUAUGGUUUAAAGAAAAGAUUACUAAAACAAAUUAUCAAAUAAUAAAUAUGUCGAUAUGGAAA